CAAGACCAAUUACAUUCCGAUCCACCAGAACUCAAUUACACUUCUUUCUCUUAUAGGAGUAAACCCUAAAAAAAUUACUCACUCAAGUCAGGCCUCAGCCGUUUGGUGCGAAAAUCUCCAUUGUUAGGGUUUUGAAGCUUUUUCAUCGCCAUGACAUUCAAGAGGAGAAAUGGAGGUCGCAAUAAACAUGGCCGUGGUCAUGUUAACUUCAUUCGCUGUUCCAAUUGCGGUAAAUGCUGUCCCAAGGACAAGGCAAUCAAGAGGUUUGUUGUGAGAAACAUUGUGGAGCAAGCUGCAGUUAGAGAUGUUCAGGAAGCUUGUGUUUAUGAUGGUUACCAACUUCCUAAGCUCUACACCAAGUUACAGUAUUGUGUCUCCUGUGCCAUCCACUCACAUGUUGUCAGGGUUCGAUCCCGUGAGAACAGAAGAAUCCGUGAACCACCCCAGCGUUUCAAGCGUCGGGAUGAUUCAGCUAAGACUGGUGGUCAAGUGCCUCGUCCUGGUGCUGGUCUAACCCCUGCCAGAGCUUGAGCUUAUUCGGUUAGCUGAGGAGGUUUAUUCAUGUGUUACAUUUAUAAUGCUUUUAGGAACAAACUGAGUUGCAGUUUGGUACACUUAAUUGCUGCUAGAUAAAAAUUACACCCCUGAUUAUUAUGAUGAGCUUUUUUGGAUUUUUGAAACAUUGUGGUUAUACUAUUGCGGACAUUAUGAUUCAUUAUACUUUAGCUAGAUAUAAUUUGAUUCGUUAA